AGACGAGACUAUGCUCCUCAACAACAACGAGGCAAAGCCCCCAGACUCACCUCCAAAGCAGAGUUUCUUUGAGGACUUCAAGGAGUUCACAACGGAGACCACGUCACAUGGGAUAAAGUAUGUCUUCCACGCUGCCUACCAGUUUGUGAGGUUUAUUUACCUAGUGCUGUGGCUAACAGCAGUAGCUUACACAAUGUACAUCGUCUGUGUCAGCGUCACUAAAUACCUCUCCAUGGAAACGGGAACGAAGAUUGAAGAGAUAAUCACACCCAAACCAGAACAUGGUAAAGAAGCAGCGAUAACUCACCCCACCAUCAACGUCUGCCCUAACAACAUUGCCAGUAAAACUUACCUAAAUAAGUUUCCAAAGCUGGAGGAACUUAUGAAAGAGCUUCGAAGUUACGACGCAAAUGUAACUCACAAAUUGUUCGAAAACGAAGACUAUAAACCAUAUGCAGAUAUGACAUAUCAUGAUAUCAUGUGGAAAGGACGCCCACGAGUGGGACUGUUACAAUGCACUCAUUACACAGAGAAGUGUCAAAUGGUAGAACCGUUUAGCAACCCAAACUUUACUUCAAGGAAACUGCAUUGGGAUGAGGAGUAUGAUGGAAGUGGUCACAAUCAUUAUGAAUGGGAAGUGUCGCUAAGUGGUUCCUGCUACAGAAUCAACCCUCGGGGAGACUUGUGGACGAAAGUGGGAGAGUAUGGCGAGAUAACGCUCACCUUCUUCGCGGAUCUCAACGACUACAGUUCGUUUGCGAAGCUGCAACCAGAGUACGGAUACACAGUGACGUUCACAGAUAACGGUACAUAUUCCUCCACCAUGACAUCUGGGUUCUUCAUGUCCCCAGGCAAUGUCUACAAGUCUGAUCUGAGGAAAUACCGGGAACAAAACAUUGGCCCCCCAGCUGGAAGUUGUAACCCACACAUGAAAACUAAUGCUUACGGGACCUACUCAACUAACAGUUGCAACAAGCUGUGUCGGGAUGAUCACGUAAUGAAGAAAUGUGGGUGUGUCCACAUCCUGCCACCUCAUCCCGAGUAUGAAGCAGACAAGGAGUUUGUGGGAUGUACUCUUAAAGUGUGGGCCGAGUGUGCCCUCGCCGCAACUGUUGAGUUUACGGACCAGUUCGUGAACAUGGACGAUGGGAUAAAGCAUUGUGAGCACUGCGAGCCGGCGUGUGAGGAGAUUUGGUACGAGGCUACCAUAAGCAGUUCACGGCUCAGUAAAUUUUACGCAAAAGAAAAGCUCGGUCAGUUAAAUAUGUUAGUAAACGGUAAUAAUCUGAAUAACCCGAACGACACGGUGGAGGAUUACAACGUAGAAACAGAGGAAACAGUAUAUGAGAACUUGAUGGUCCUUAAAGUUUUGUUUACUAGCAUUCAGGAAUCAAACAUCAAGGAAUACAGAAAGUACGACUAUACUCAACUCAUAGGCGAUGUCGGAGGGCAGAUGGGUAUGCUACUUGGGGCUUCUCUCUUCACGGUAAUAGAGUUCAUCCACUUCUUCAUAAAGGCUAUAUGGAGGUGCAUGUGCAGGAACAAGUACAAUAGUCCUCCCUCUCCUCCCUUCCAACGGCACAUGGACAUGGACAGCCUCGGUUAAUUAACCAACCUCGCACUUUUUUAAUCGGUUUGAUUUUGGAGUUAUGAAGAAGAGUGGAAGGUUGAGGGGACAGUUACUUAAAUAAUUGUGAUAAAACUGAUGGGUAUAAGUGAUUCACCGAAAGUGACUCUUUAGGAGGUAAAAUGGACUCAAUAUAGCUGGUAUUAGGUGUUUUUUUCCGAUAAUCAUCGACUUUUGUAUUUUAUAACCAUGUUUUAUACGUUUAUUUCAAAUCUACAACUUUAGAAAGGAGAUAACUGCCGCUUACAAGAACUAAAGCACUAUUAUAAAGCGUUUAUCACGUGAUUUGAUAGGCAUUUUAUUAAAUAAUAAGUAGAACUUGGUACUGAUGAGGAGGUGAACUAUAUUUGUAUUGACACACGAGGGUGGUUAUGAGUUUGAGUGGUCGAUACUGGAAGCUGAAUGGCUAAUAAGUCACAGUGUAAUAUGUGUCGCGUGUCAGAAACAACAUAGUACCCCUCCCCAUCGGAUUUGUGGUUGAGCUACUAAAUAAUCAAAAAGAUCCCAGCGCAAGCUUAAGAUUCAGCUAGAAGAGAAUAUGUUUAUUUUAUUCAUGAUUUAAUUAUAUGUGGAAAUGUAAUGUUAUAGCUAAUUUAAUUUUGAUAUUACAA